AUGGGAAACUAUGUGUCAUGUGCUUUUAUUACCCCUAUAAUGAAAAGCUCCAUGGCAGCUAGGGUGGUAGUUCCCGGCGGCCGCCGAGCUCAUGCUGGACUGCCCAAGCUUCUUUUGGUUAACUCUCGAUCUUUGAACAUUGGUAAAAGAUUUUCAGCUCUCUCAGCCGAUGAAGACUUGGAGUUUGGCAACGUGUAUAUUAUGUUUCCGAUGAAGAGAGUGAAUGCUGUAGUUACGGCGGCCGAUAUGGCCGUGUUAUUUAUGGCGAUCAACUCUCCUGCUAAACGGAUUUCCGGUGUCAAGGUGGGAGUUUUACCGGAAGCGACAGCUGUGGCCGCGGAAAGAAGAGAUAGUUCGCCGGAAAGUGAUGUCGUCGGAAGGUCGGGACUGAAUUUGAGUGACGUGGAGGGUUUCCCGGCGCCGGAGUUCAGGCACAGGUUAUCAAUGUGUAGGUCAAAGAAGCCCCUGUUGGAGACAAUUACAGAAGAGCCAGUUUGUUCAAGAUGA